CCCACUUAGUAAGCGCGCACAUGGCCGAAGGCAGGAGCAGCGAGGCACGAGAUGACGAAGUUCUCAUCACUCGUGUCUCUCCUCCACCCCCCAAAAGAAGUAAAGUAGAUAAGGAGGAGGUAGCAGAACUUGUGUACGUAGACAGCGAAGAACCCCUCCGUUGCAGUACCCCACACGACUCUAUAGAUGUGUUCAUUGAUGAGACAAGUUCAUCCUUGCCCCCUGUUGGUGCUGUUGUGGCCAGCUUCUCCACCUUACCUCAUCUGAUUGCUGUCCCUCAUAGUGUGAAUAAAGAUGAGAGAAGAGAGCAAGAACUGUUGUUUGGACUAAACAAUGAGUAUGCAGAAGCCUUCUUGAAAGAGGAAGAAAGUGAUAAAGCAGCAUUGGUUGAGGAAAUUUUAACCUGUCCAACAUCUGCACAAGGAGCAGUGGAUGGAAAAUGUGGUGUAGAGAGAAGUAAUGGCUGGGGGCGAGGAUCAGAGGUAGCAGGUGUACCAGAGAUCGUUGAGGAGAUCCUGGGACAAGUACCAAUCUACCAUCUCUACAGCAGCUGUCGUCUGGUCUGCCGGAAGUGGAACCAUAUCAUACUGAGAGAAAAGUUUCUGUACUGGAAGAAGAUGUACUGGAGGUGCAAGUCAGGACGCUGUAGCCAGUCACAUCAGACAGUCACCUCUCUGGUAAAGGAGGUGUGGUCACCAACACCUUACGGUGUCUCACUGAAAACUACAACUGUGCCUCUUGUCAGGUUUGUUAGUGAGCAGUUCCCUGAACUGGAAGUUAGUGAUGAGUUGCAAAAGAAGCUGCUCAUUCAUCCGCAAAGCCUCUGUGUCACCAGAAUAAGAGAGCUCUUCCCCUCAGUUGUCAGCUCCAAGGGUUCAGAAGCAAUUGCUAGAGCUACUCUGGUGGUGUUGUGCAGCAAGAGUGUACCAGAGGUUCAAUCAGUUAUAAAUUACCUCCUGCGGUCUUCUAGCAGGAGACACGAGGUAAUGGAGGUGUUUUACUGCCUGGCUACUCUCUGUCUCUAUGGCUGCCAUGAGGUGAAGAAAUUACCAAUGAGGAUACACUACAACCUUUUCUAUGCUAUAAACCUGUCUGAGAGGAGCUUUUGUGGUGUUGCAGUGAGUGAGCCAAUGAGCCAGCUAUCAGCUGGACAACAGAGUCUUCAUAAAUACAGUGAGCGCUCUAGUAGAGAGCUGACUGCAGAGCAGUCUGAGGUUGUCAACCACAGACUUCAGCCAGGAGAAGUCAUCAAAGUUAUGGCAUUUGCUGGCACUGGAAAGACAACAACGCUCCUUCGAUUCACAGCACUCAAUCCAAACAUGAGUUUUCUUUACUGUGUCUACAACAAGUACAGCACCUUUUUGCCCGUUUUUUUACUCAUACACAGUUCUACCACGUAUUUGGGGCAAUACACGAACCUUUCCUUUAACUCCCAUCCUAUCACUCCCUUCAGAUCUGUCCAGGAACAUGCUGCAACCAUUUUCCCUUGCAAUGUCAAGUGUCGCACCUUCCACUCCCUGGCCCACGGCUCUCGGGGCGACCCUGUGGCAGUCGGUUGGAAAUACGUUGCGAAGAGAGGCUCUGUCAACUCUUACCACAUCUCACAAUGUGUGAAGGCACCAAAGGGCCUGUCUCUCUUCAUAUUCUCUCGUUGCAUCCUUCAGACUGUCGAAAAGUUUAUAGCUUCUUGUGAUGAUGAGUUUCUGGAUGAGCAUAUUCCCACCACCAUCAGAAGGAGGAGGAAUGAGGAAGUCACUCCAGAAGAGCACGCAGCCCAAGUAAGAAGACUGAAUGAUCCCAAAUACAGGGUUGAUAUCCUUAAAGAAGCUGCAUACGUUUGGAAGAAGAUGAUUGAUACCAGGGACAAGGAUAUCAGAAUGUCAGAUGACGGCUACCUGAAGCUGUUUCAACUGAGCAAGCCUGAGAUCAGGGGCUAUGACUGUCUUCUGGUGGAUGAGGCACAAGACCUGACACCAGCCAUCAUCUCCCUCGUCACUUGCCAGGCUUGUGCCAAGAUCUUUGUUGGGGACACUCACCAACAAAUAUAUGGCUUCAGGGGAGCAACAAAUGCCUUGGAGCAGAUCUCAGCCAACAGAAUUUUUCACCUCACUGAAUCAUUCAGAUUUGGUCCAGAGAUAGCAUAUGUUUCAGCCUGUACCCUCAGUGUCCUGAAGAAUGUCUGGAGACAGACACUGAUCGGCAGCCCACAUACAGGGAGAUUGGAUGGUAACGAAGUGGGUCAGGUUGCUAUAAUUGCUCGAAUGAACAUCACUCUCUUUGACGAGAUGGUGAAAAUUAUCAGAAGUGGAGCAUCCCUCAAACUAGGAUUUGCCGGUGUAAGCUUGUCGUUUUUUGUACUCGUUAGCAGGUAGGAAGGAGCCAAACUGCCAGCAAUGUUUUCUUUUACCCUAGCACUAAUAUGCACUUAAACUCCAAUGGUAUCCCAAGGCUUACGGGAACCUCACCACAUUUUUUAACUUCAUUGGUUGAAUUCUAUGAACAAGAAAACAAUUUUUUGAAUUUGUUAAUGCCUCAUUGCUCUUUAAUUCCCACUAGGGGAUUCAGAAGUAUGAUUUUGACAUGUACCUGGAUAUAAACAAUCUGCGAAGGGGAAGAAACAGCGAGAUUACUCAUAAGUUCAUCAAGAGCUGGAAAUCCUUUGACAGUCUGGUCAAGUUUGCUGAGAAAACAGAUAAUGUUUCUCUCAUGAAUAAGAUCAAGAUAUGUCAGAAAUAUGAAGACCUGCCCAAACUCAUUGAGAAAAUCAGGUCUAUGCACUCCAAGGACUUAUCACAUGCAGAUAUCGUCUUCUCUACUGCACACAAGAGCAAAGGGCUGGAGUUUGACACUGUCAAAUUGACUGAUGAUUACUUGGGACAGGAAGAGGAAGACCGACAUUCUUGGUCACCAGAAGAAACAUCUCCAAGUCUCCGUCCUACAGAUGUUGAAGAGGGAAACAUCCUCUAUGUGGCAGUAACAAGGGCCAAAAAGAGCAUCAUUCUCACCAGAGCUCUUGCCAAACUCCUCAAAGAUGCUGGUGAACACUUUGUUUAUCCUUCAGUGGAACACUCUGAAAUGUCUGGUGGAAUAUGCAGUGUUUGUCAGUUACAUAAUCCAUACCCUCCACUCCAUCUUCAGUCACUUUCACUCAAAGUCACUGGGCAGAGCAUGUUUACUGCUGGAAUGGUGUGUGUAAAUUGUUCAUCAGUUACACUACCGUUUUUACAUACCUGGUCUCAGUAAGACAUACUAUUGAAGAGCAUUUUGCUUAUAUAUAUCAUAUCCGAACAAUCACACUUCUCAUUGUUUUAUUCACACUUUCUUCUUUGUGUUGUGGUAUACUAUAAUAUUCCUAUUAUUUUCUCAAGCUUGAGUUAGCCCCAUUUAGAGAGCGGAAUUACAUAGUGAAGGUAAUAGUUUGUUUGUGUGUCUGGCUGUAUGCUAGCUCUACAGACAUAGCAGAGGCAAACCAGUGAUAGAUUUUCCUCAAAAUGCUGCGUU